AUGAGAUAUCUCCCAUUUAUUGAUCAUUCAUUCGCAUCAUUAGUCAUGGAUAAUGAUUAUUUGGCUAGAAGAAAGAAAAUGGUAAGGGCCAUUAGUGAAAGAGAAAUAUUGAAGAUGUUAGAUCACCCGUUUCUUCCCACUCUGUAUGCAGAGUUUGUUUCAGAUAAUCUAUCCUGCUUAGUUAUGGAGUACUGUCCCGGAGGUGAUUUACAUGUUCUAAGACAGAAGCAGCCUGGAAGAUAUUUUCCCGAAGCUUCUGCGAGGUUUUACGUUGCUGAGGUUCUCCUUGCUUUGGAAUACCUCCAUGUGCUCGGCGUCAUCUACCGAGAUUUAAAACCAGAAAAUAUAUUAGUAAGUGAAGAUGGUCACAUAAUGCUGACAGAUUUCGAUCUUUCGUUUAGAUGUGAAGUGAACCCGACCCUCUUAGAGUUUCCUUCUUCAUAUAAACAACCCCCGAGAAUCUCCAACGCAUGCACCGGUUCCAACUGCAUCGACCCAUUCUGCGUAAGACCAUCAUGCGAAGUGUCAUGCUUUGGUCCCUGGCUAUUACCAAAAUCCAACAAAGUAAAAAACUCAAAACCCGAGUUGCCACAGUUAGUGGCUGAGCCAACCGAUGCUCGUUCUAACUCAUUUGUAGGUACCCAUGAAUACUUAGCUCCUGAAAUCAUCAAAGGAGAUGGCCAUGGAAGUGCAGUUGAUUGGUGGACUUUUGGGAUAUUGAUUUACGAGCUUUUAUAUGGGAAGACACCAUUUAAAGGGCUGGGAAACGAAGAAACAUUAGCUAAUGUUGUUUUCGAGAGCCUCGAGUUUCCUGAAACUCCAAUGGUGAGUUUUCAUGCUAGGGAACUCAUACGUGGGCUGUUAGUAAAGGAACCUGAGAAUAGGCUUGGAUUUGAGAGAGGAGCUGCAGAGUUGAAGAAACAUCCUUUCUUUGAUGGAUUGAAUUGGGCUUUAAUAAGAUGCGCAAUCCCACCUCAAUUGCCCGAGUUCUAUAAUGUAGGAGUUGUGAAUGUGACUACUACUUCUCAGGAAGGAAACUCGGAAUUCGAGUUGUUUUAGGUGGAAAAUGAAUGCGAUUUUGGAGGAGGAUGAAAAGAGGUAUCGAAAAAGGUAUUCAUUUUACCUUGUCAUUGUAAGUUUCACAUUUUCUA